UGCGCACAAUCACGCCAUCUUGCAUGUAAUGUAUGUGUAUUAUGUAGGGAGGAGUUUAGAAUCGUACGGCCAUAUGAUAUUUAGGACAUGAUUUUCGACGUUUCCUUACAUCCUAGGAAAAAUCAAUCUUUUCCACAGUGUAGAUAUAGUCUAGAAGUCAUCGGUGAGAGCUAGGAAGGGGGAAAGCUGACAUCCAAAACAGACCAUCAUCGACUUCUAAACCUGGCCACGCCCUGAGGCUGGAGAGAGACAGAGACAGAGAGAGAGAUACCGUUUGGUCAGGCAGAGUGGAAAUACCAAGCGUUCUAUGCCAAGCUGCUGAUGUGUUUGUGUGACCACUCGGACAACCUCACGUCCAGAAUUCCUGGGGUUGCAGCAAAGUGUCUGCUAGGCUCGUUGUGCUAAUCGGCUUUGGAUUGAGCAACAGUCGUUCAUCAAUCACGUGGGCGGCACAACGCCAAGGCCGUUCUAUUAUUGAGUGGCCUUUUUUCAUUAAGCGUAUCAUUUCAAAUUCAUGUUUACGAAUGUGAUUCUUAUAGAUUCUUUAGAUACCCAAAUGCACUUAUUCACUGAAAUGAUUGAAAAUGGCAGGAGAAAGCUCAAUAGAGACCUCUCAAAUAUAGCCAGUUUUCUCCAGUAAAACAAAAACAAAUUUUUAUCCUACUCGCGGUCCCUUGAUAGGAACGAGGAAGUCACAUUCUUCCAGGAAAACACUUGAGCACAUUUUACAAACUCCUUGUUGCACAUCUUGAGCACAGUUUACAAACACCGUGCAGUUCUGUCUGAUGACACUCCUCUGGCACACCCUGGACCUGUUUCUUGUAGGGGUGCACACCGCGUCCCUAUCCUUCGUUCGAUGAGUUCGUUCGUCUCGCUUCAUCAUCUUCCGCCCGAACAGCGCCCCCAGAAGCGACCGCAGCAACCAUGCCUUUGCCAACGCGUGUUGCGCAGAUCAAGGACCUGGAGGUCCAAAGACUCUUUUCCGAUGAAGACCCCGAGAAGCUCUUUACGGGCAUGACAGAGAUCGGGCAUGGCAGCUUUGGUGCCGUCUACCAUGCAACGAACACGAUAACAGGAGAAGUAGUGGCAAUCAAGAAAAUGUUAUAUAAUGGAAAAUCAUCAACAGAGAAAUGGCAAGAUAUCAUCAAGGAAGUGCGGUUCAUUCACAGAGUACGCAACGCAAACUGUAUAGAAUUCAAGGGAUGCUAUCUCAGAGAACACACAGCUUGGCUUGCCAUGGAGUAUUGUCUUGGAUCCGCGUCAGAUGUUUUAGAUGUACAUAAGAAACCUUUACAAGAGGACGAAAUAGCGGCAGUGUGUGAGGGCGCUCUACAGGGUCUAGAAUACCUUCACAACUACGAGACGAUACACAGAGACAUCAAAGCUGCCAACAUUCUACUCACAGAGCAUGGGACUGUUAAAUUAGGUGACUUUGGUUCAGCUUCAUUAGUAAAUCCAGCCAACUCAUUCGUAGGAACUCCAUUUUGGAUGGCUCCUGAAGUAAUACUUGCCAUGGAUGAGGGGCAGUAUGAUGGCAAGGUGGAUGUUUGGUCACUAGGAAUCACAUGUAUCGAAUUAGCUGAAAGAAAACCACCGUUAUUUAACAUGAAUGCCAUGAGUGCCCUGUAUCACAUCGCCCAGAACGACCCUCCAUCGUUAUCAACGUCUGGCUGGAACCAGUGCUUCCAUGACUUCAUCAAGGCUUGCCUGGCCAAGGAGCCCGACAGCCGCCCCAGUGCAAGACACUUAUUACAGCUUGAAUUUGUAACGAGGGACAGGCCGAACAACACACUGAUUGACCUGAUAGAGAAGACCAGGAAGGUGGUACGAGGGAUGGAUAACAAGAACGUUGGUAGGAUAGCCCAGCUCUUCAAAGGUAACUCCAACAGACCAAACGAUGACCAGGAGGCUAGCACAGAUGAUCAGCCGUCCGGGGAUUCGUUUGACCCCAGCGAGCCCACCGACAGCAUGAGCAGCAUCAACGACCGCAGCGAGAACAGCAGUGAGUCGGGAAGCGUCAACAGUAUUCAACCUCCCAGCGACGGCAGUGCUGAAAACUCACAGAUGCGCAAUGAGAGGUUGCCGAGUGACAGCUUUAACUUCAGUGCGAGCUUGACGUCUGAGACGACACCGGAGAACCCGUUCACGAGGGACGACAGCUAUCGUGAGAACUUCAAGACCAUCAGGCCCACAUCGGUCGUCACCAGACAGAUGAAGGAACAUGAGAACGAACAGAGGCAACAAUUUUCAGGUUACAAGAGGAUGAGGAGGCAGCAUCAGAAACAGAUCCAGCAGCUGGAGACGAAGCUCAAACAAGAGAUGGAUGAACUGAGAGAUAAACUAGAUAAAGAAUUCAACCAGUGUGUGCAAGCUAAUGUCAAAGAACUUGAUAAACUCUUAGGAAGGCAUACAACAGAUCUGGAGAAAAAGGAGAAAGCAGCUGCCACUGAGGAGAAGAAACUCCUGAAGACAAUCACAUCCCAGAACGAAUCUGAACUGAAAGCCUUCCAGCUCAAACAGAAGAAAGACUACAAACAUAACAAGGAACAAAUGAGAAAAGAAUUGGACAGUACUCCGAAGAAGGAGCACGAGGCCCGCAUGCGGCUCCACAAGGAAUCGCUCCACCAGGAGCAGCAGAGGGCAGAGAAUGACCUGCAGGAAAGGCAGAACCAGAAGCUGGACAAGGAGAUGAGGAAACUCAAGGGCAAACUCCUGCUCAGCAAGCAGACAAUCGAACAAGACCAGCUCAGAGAGGAGCUUCACAGGCGGCAGGUUAUGAAGGAGAUGGAGCAUGUGAUGGCGCUGCGACACCACGAACAGAUGCAGUCCAUCGAGUACCGUCACACCAAGCAGAUCCAGUCGCUACGCUCGGAGCAAAUGGAGAGGCAGUUCAGCACAGAGCUGACCAACCAGGCUGAGUAUAAUAAGACGGCUCAGCAGGACCUACGCAAGAAACAUUCGCUGGAAGCAAAACAACAACCCAAGGAACUCAAGGCCAAAGAGAAGAAGAUCGAACGUCAGUACCGCGCGGUAUGCAAGACCCAGAUGCUUCAGUUCAAGGCCCUACAGCAGCAGGUCUUACAGACGAUGCCUCGGGAGAAACAUAAGCAGUUCAUCAAGAAGAUGAAAGAGGAACAGACGAGAAAGAUGGCUAUCCUUGGGGAGCAGUACCGACUGAGCAUACAGGAAAUUAAUAUAUCCGUAUCUGUGAAGCUGGAUAAGUCCCAGGAGCAAGAGUGCAAUGUGCUACAGGACCGUCUCCGCCAGGAGAUGGACCUGCUCCAUGCCUACCAGAGCAAGACUCGGCUCCAGCAGGAGGCCCAGCAUCAUAAGGAGAUCAAGGAGUUGGAGGAGCGCGUCUCCAUCAGAAGGGCACGACUAGAGCUCAAGAUUGAAGAAGACUCGGCCAAACUAGAGGGUGAGAAGACGGAUCGGAAACGGAAGCUGUUUGACAGACACAAGAGAGAAACGGCCGAGUUCAACCGCGAGAUGAGCAGCCAUGGUCUAGAGCAGCUCUCUAUCAAUGACAUCAAGCAACAGGUCUUUGGAGGGUCACGACCUCUAUCCAUGAUAGAGACCAGCAACAACUCGUCACCGCGCAACGUCCGACGUGAGAACUCCUUCUCCUCUAGCUUCACAUGAUGAGGAGGGAUGCCCCUCUUUUUUUAUUUCUUAUCCAUUAUUAUUUUUGCCAAUUUUUUUGUUGAGUUUGACUGCAUAUUUUUAUUACUCUUGCAUCGCUUCAUCGAAUAGUCACCUCCCCCCGCCCCAUGCUCGUAUCGAGGUGAUGCGUUCGGCUGGCUCUGUACAGACGUACAACCCUUGUAGCUUGGGAAGAAUGUGUGUGGUCCUUGGUGCCCUGUUCUCUCCUUUCCUUAUGUACUAAAUUUAAUAUUCAUUCAGUGAAAGGUUUGAAAAGGACUUGAAAUAGCGCAUACUUAACAAGGUAUUGGUGAGUGGAAUAGCUGCAUGUUUUUGAUAAGCAGUAAUUGUAACUAGUUAAUAGUCUCAUUAGUAAUACCGUCAUCAUCAGUGUACCCCAGUUAGAAAUAAUCAAGUGAGAAUUCAGUAUAGCUGCAUGGUGUGAUUUAGAUCAAAUAAAGUCUGUUUGGAUCAAGUUAACAAACUAUGAAGUAUCCACUCGUUUACUCUACUUUGUUCCUGGAUUUCCUUUAUCAUUGACCUGAAAAGCACUGCAAUUUAACCCUUUAGGUAGCAAUGGAUAUCAAGGGAACUCAAUCAAAAUGGUUGAGAAUUCAGUUCCGUUUUCAGGGGUUUACAAGACACAGAUAUGAAAACAUGACUGCAUUUUCAAUGGAAUUUUAAAGGUGUAAUUUUUAAAAACAAAAACGCAACAAUAAUCCUGAAUAGUUGAUGCACAUUUUAUUGGAAUCUUGAAUGGUUUAUGUAGCCGUAGAGGACAUUUGGAAAGAUAUGGCUGAUAUCACUAACAUGUUUUCAUAUUUUGGACUGAUAUCCAUAUAUUGGAUAACUUCUCAGGCCUACUGAAUACUAGAUGACUGAAUUGUGUUUUGUGCAUGCAGGUAUGUAGUCCUAUGGCAGAAGAUAUCAUGUUAAACAUGACGGUUCAAAUUAAAUACCAGAUGCUAGGGGGUCCAAGGUUUAUAUGGCACCAAGUUUUUUGCAAAUCCUGUGUUCAAUCUUAACCCAAAUAAUUAAAGCUCUUUUGUAAUUGUAAAAGAGUGUUUCCAUUUGUGUUGAGAAUGGUAGAAUGCUAGUACAUUCAAACCUGUCUAUAGCGACCGCCAAAGGAAACACAGAAAGUGGUCCUUGUAUACAGGAGGUCUUUGUAGACAGGUUCCUUUAGUUCAUGGUUCAAUGAGCAACUAUUUUCAAGGGAAACAAAAAAUGUGGUCUUGGUACACAGGUGGUCACUAAAUCAGGUUUGACUGUAUAUGUAUUACACUCCUGGAAGCUAUUGCAAGAAACAUCUUGAUAUGUGUAAGCAUGGACCUUCUACUUGGUCUACGUUCAUGAGCAUCUCUCUUUCAAAACCUGUGAGGAAGGGAACAAGCUUUCCAAUGGGAUGCCAGUGAAUGUAGAAUUCUGGUGGUGUUUUUUUUUUAUAACAGCCCAGAGAAAAAAAAAUGUUUAGUAGAAGUUAACAUAACACAUACCACAUUAUGUGAUGCAGAUAAUAUGUGCGCCCUUUCUGCUUGUUAAAUGUUAGGUACCCAAGAGUCUUUAUUUUGAGCUACCACUUAAACUUGAAUCAUGUGAGCAAAUUUGAUGGUUUAAACUAAAAAACAUUCAUGUGCAAAAAGUUAACAUUUUACAAAUGUGGAUUAUUUCUCUGUAAAAUGCAGAAUAACGGUGGUAGCAGGUAGCAGUAGUUUCGUCUUGUGAGAUCCCCAUGCCUGAAGCAUUGCAAAUUAACCCAUAUAGAACAUUAUAGAAAUAUUCUGUAACUGUAGCUCCUGAAAAUGGUUUUAUGAGGUUGUAUUACCCUCUAAAGUAGAACCAUUUCAAUAAUAGUAUUAGCUGUUGAUAAUUCAUGUUCUAAUUGUCACUGGUAUUUUGUAUGUUUACAAUUCACCAGAGUUUGGAUGUUGAAUUCAGAAAGUUAUAAACAAACCCUCAUGUUUUACAGUUUCAAUCAGAAACUAGAAGAAUAUAUGAAACUUCCUGGAAAUUCUAGUGACUUGUCUGUCAUUAUGUUAAUUUUGUGUGAACAAACUACAUUCAUGUUCUCAAUUACAAUGCUAUAUUAAGACCCCUUAUGUAUUGUUUGGAUAGUGAAAACAUUUGUUAAAGAUAUAGAUUUACCCUUCCUGUUCCAUAGUAUUAAUAUGAACAACAAACUUAUGGAUAGUUGGUGUACUGUGCAGACAUUGUGCUUCAAUUGCCCAGUUGUGAACAUGUACAAAGAUACCCCCUCUACCCAAACAUGAGAAACCAGUAUUUAUUAAACUAUGAGAUUGUAUUUUGAUCAUCAUAAACUUUUUUUAUAAUUAUUAUUAUUAUUAGGUAUUUGGCAUCGCUUGUGCAUGGUAGGCGAAAAGCGAACUGAAUCACUGUAACACUCUGGUCUCUCCUCCCGGUAUAACUGAUUGGGGGUGUGCAGGUGAACCACUACACCGGGGUUUCCCCCUACUGUUAUAUGAAUAGUGCAGUGGGUUCUUAACGUGCAAAUGUGGUGACUCGCCUCUACACAGGCCUCCAUUUAACGUCCUCUCCGAGGGAUGGAGUGUUUUUCACUUAACAUAGCCUGCGUCUAUGAAACAAGGGAGGGGCACGUUAACGCACAACGCAGGCUUCAGUCAUCCGCCUUGGUUGGAUUUCACUUGCUGUGGAGAUGAUAGUAGUAGGUGAUCAUUAUGCAAAUGAAAGUAAACCUGGAUUUUUAAACCGAAACUAUACUCUUUGAAAGUCUUGUUCUGUCAUCCACAUACAAAUACCUAGCAAAGCUGCUCUAAGCCAACGCAUCCUAAAAUAUUCAUGUCUCCUUGACUUUAAUUUGUCAGACUUAAAAAAAACACUAAAAAACAGGCAUUGUGAUUAGUUUGUUUUUUUCUGUAGUAGAUUAGUUGUUUUAAUUUUUGUUUGCAUCUAUUUUGGUGCUGCCUUUUCUUUCCUCUUGAUCAAGCCUGGUUCUCUGCUUGUAAAGAAGCGCUUCCAUGAUAAUCAUACUCCUUUGUACAGCACAUAUCAUCUCUUCACAUGUUGCUUGUCUACAUGACGAAACUCUUGCGUAUCAUUGCUACCGUACAACAGAAUAACCAUAAUAACAAUAGUGUGUUCUAGUAUAGCGCUCAUGUUUGUCAGACUCGACACACUUGGCGCUCCACAAUUAUUACCCCUGCUUUAGCAUGACUGCUAUUUUGCGCUCUAGCAUUUCAAGGGAUUAAAUUCCUGCGGGUCCCAUUUACCUCACCUGGGUCGAGUGUGGUAAAUGUAGACUAAUGUCUUGCCAAAGGAAAUUAGUGCUUGAAUAAGUGACUCUAGUCGUGAACCAUGUGAUCCAGUCCAGUAGCGUAUCCAUGAGCUUGCUACAUGCAGGGCAAGCAUUCUAUUACACCAUGCCCCCCCCCCCCC